AUGGCUGAUAUGAUUUUCGGCAGCGGGACGGGCCAGUGGGUAUGCCCCAACGACCGGCAGCUGGCACUGCGUGCCAAGCUCCAGACGGGCUGGUCAGUGCACACAUUCCAGACUGAGAAGCAGAGGAAGAUGCAGGCUCUGAGCUCAAAGGAACUUGAGGUCAUUCUGGAAGUCAUCCGCAAGGCAGAGAAACUGGACAUCAUCGAGCAGCAGCGCAUUGGGCGCCUGGUGGAGAGGCUGGAGAACAUGAGGAAGAACGCGAUGGGGAACGGCCUCUCCCAGUGCCUGCUCUGCAGUGAGCUGCUGGGGCUGCUGGGCAGCACCUCUGUCUUCUGCCAGGACUGCAAAAAGAAAGUUUGUACCAAGUGUGGAAUAGAAACUGUUGGAGCCCAGAAACGUCCUCUUUGGCUGUGCAAGAUCUGCAGUGAACAGAGAGAGGUUUGGAAAAGAUCUGGUGCAUGGUUCUACAAAGGGCUGCCCAAGUACAUCACACCUUUGAAGAGCAGCAGCAAACCCAUUGAGCUGCACCCACAGCCUUGGCAGAACGAGCCAACUAUGCCAGAGGCAGAGAGUGUCGGGACCAGCAGAUCCUUCACCUGGGCCAGGGGAAAAGUGGUUUCCAGUGACAGUGAGAGCGACUCGGAGCUCAGUUCCUCCAGCCUGGAUGACAAGCUCGUACCGAUGGGGUCAAAAGGCUCACAAGGAAGCAAACUCCGAGCAGGACUGGCACCCAUCAGGGAGCCCAUCAGGGCUCUGGGGAGCACCCAGUCCCUGACGCUGUCGGGGAGCCGCAGCAGCCUGGGCAGUGAGCAGGGGGCUGAGCUCAGUGCUGCAGAGAGCUGCCCCAGCGACCAGCCCGCGGACACACGCCACAGCAGAGUCCCUGGCAAACGGUACAUCCACACCAGAACACGAUGCUGA